AUAUUUGUUCCUCCACAUUUCCUCAAACACAGAAAACAAUGGAACCUCCACUUCUACCACUCUUUGCACUCUCCAUUCUCUUCCUAUCUUCUGCUGCUUCUCAUUCUCUCUCCCUCAAAGAGGAUUCAAAUUCAUCUCCAUUUCCGCCCAACUUUCUUUUCGGAACUGCAUCUUCCUCAUAUCAGAUUGAAGGAGCUUACUUGGCUGACGGAAAGGGGCUAAAUAAUUGGGAUGUUUUCACUCACAAACCAGGAACUGUGACUGAUGGAAGUAAUGGUGACGUUGCCGAUGACCAUUACCAUCGUUAUAAGGAAGAUGUGGAUCUUAUGGAAGACAUUGGAGUGAACAGUUAUCGCAUGUCAUUAUCAUGGACCAGAAUUCUGCCCAAGGGUAGAUUCGGCAAGGUGAAUCAGGCUGGCAUUGAUUACUAUAACAGGCUAAUUAAUCUACUUCUCUCCAGAGGAAUAGAACCUUUUGUGACAAUAUCACACUAUGAUAUUCCUCAAGAAGCUGUGGAUAGAUAUGACGGUUGGCUAAGUCCUGAGAUUGCGAAGGAUUUCACGUAUUAUGCAGACGUAUGCUUCAAGAACUUCGGUGACAGAGUGAAAUACUGGAUCACAUUUAAUGAACCAAACGUUGCAUUUAUUCGUGGCUAUAGAAUCGGGAUAUGGCCACCUGGUCGUUGCUCUGGUUCAUUUGGGAAUUGCAGCGUUGGUGGGAACUCAGAGAAGGAACCUUUCAUUGUAGGCCAUAACUUUCUCUUAGCCCAUGGCUCUAUCGUUGAGCUCUACAGAACCAAAUAUCGGAAAAUUCAGGGAGGGAAAAUUGGACUUGCCUCGCAUACCAUGUGGUUUGAACCCAUCAGCAACUCCACAGAAGACAAGAUGGCUCUUGAGAGAGCUCAAGCAUUUUAUAUGAAUUGGUUUUUGGACCCAGCUAUCCGAGGGGAUUAUCCGAUAGAAAUGCGUGAAAUAUUAGGAGACGACCUCCCACCAGUUCCAGAAGUCCUAAAAAGAAUAAAACCUUCAAUAGAUUUCAUUGGAGUAAACCACUAUACCAGUUACUUUGUAAAGGACUGUCUCUACUCAGUGUGUGAACCAGGACUAGGGUCUACAAGGACAGAAGGUUCUGCUCUCACAUGGGCUCAUGUCAAUGGCAGGACCAUUGGAAAACCGACUUCACUUGACUGGUUGUUCAUUUACCCAGAAGGAAUGGAGAAGAUUGUGACUUACAUUUGGGAGAGGUUCAAGAUACCAAUAUUCGUUACUGAAAAUGGAGUUGGGUGGAAGGAAGAACCCAACCUCACCAUUGAGGAAAUGAUCAAUGAUGAGGACAGAAUAGACUACGUACGUGCUUAUUUGGAUGCCUUGGUAACAGCAAUAAGGAAAGGAGUAGAUGUGAGAGGGUACUUUUUGUGGUCUUUGCUUGACAACUUUGAGUGGACUGAUGGAUCCCAAAUAAGGUUUGGACUUCAUCGUGUGGACUAUGACACUCUGGAAAGAACUCCAAGAAUGUCUGCUUCUUGGUACAAAACCUUCAUUGCUCUUCAUGGCUUCGGCCCUGGCGCCAAGCCUCUACACACUCAAGAGUGACAAAGAAUCAAUGGAAUGGUAUAUGGUUUUCUGUCAUGGAAGAAUAAAAGCAGUUCUUUUCCUUCGUGGUAUUAUUAAUGGGCCACUGAAACGGAAGCAGAAGAUGCUCACAUAUGGAUGAAAGUCUACUUGUAAUUCUUUUGUUUUUUUUUUCUUUUUAUUGUGAUAUAUUGUCCAGUACAAUACCUCUUUAAUUUUUUAGUCACGUCCCGCUCAUUCACCUAUUUUGGAAUGGACUUUGUCAAAUAUAGGCGAGACAAGAAAUUAAUGGGGUGGAAAAGUUUAAGUAUGUACUUAUUGUUGUUGUUUUCUUUAGACUUUUGGGGCCCAAUCUUUUUGUAAGUGUCAUUUGUGAUCUAUAACAAACAAUUUGGAUUUA